AUGGCUCGCAGCAGCGUGCUAUCUCGCCGCGAGCGAGUGAUUGUUCGACAAUCAUACUACUGGCCCGACUGGCAACUCAACGUCUGGAUCAUUAUAAUGCUCGCAACUGGCGGAGUCCUGGUCGGUGUAUUCUCCAACUUUGUCGUAAUACAGAACCAAUUGGGAAAGCAAGGAAUACCAUGGAUCAUGCCCUUCGGCAUCACAGUCGGCGCCCUCCUCAUCCUCUUCAUCUUCCUCAUGCUCACCCUCAUCGUACAACAACGGCUCCUACCCGGCAUUCUCAUCCUCGGCUCCUUCAUCCUGCUAGUGCUCUUCCUCACCGGCAUGAUAGAGACGGCGAUACAACUCUUCGGACCGAACGGCGACAUCGCGAACAAGUGCCAGACGUUCGUCACCAACAAUCCGAGCAAAGACUUGAGUAUAGCCACUCUGGCGUGGUUGCAGCAGAACUCGAUUUGUCAGAGCUGGUAUGCGGUGUUUGCAUUUUGGCUCAUUGGAGUGGUGUUCUUGAUUUACUUGAUUGUGUUGGCGUCGAUGGUGGCGCGGACGGGGAAUGGGGAUUAA